CACUUGGAGUUGGAAAGCUCUGGUGCACACUGACAUGGCUUUCCUCUCCCACUGUUGCUGCCCUGCGCUGUCUCAGGCAGGAAUCUUCCCCAAUCUCUGGCACCUUAAAGAAAAAUUAUGUUACCACCCACCAGACCACAAGUCCAACGGAAGAGCGUUAUUUAACCACCUACCACACGGAAAAUGUUAUCAAUGCAAAUACUUCUCUACCAAUUGUCUCUACUACAAUAAAAACAUCUGUACUAACACCAAGCACAGAAUCAUUACAGAAUCCUGUUAUCACACCAACAAUUGGAACAACUCCUAAAGGAACAACCAGCAGUGAAUUACUUAAAAAGUCUCUGUUAUCAACAAUUGCUUCAUUAACGACAAGUAAAGAAGAAUUAAGAAUCACAUCCACUGAUGGCAAGAUGAAUGAGUCCAUUAUUUCAAGUGUAGCAGUAACAAAUCUUGCACUUCCAAAUGCUGUUUCAACAUCACCAAAUUCCCAACACAAGACUGAGACUCAGAGUAUAAUUAAAACAAUGGAAUUAUCAGGUAGCACUCUACAACCAGAUGCGUCACCUUCUAAAACUGGUACAUUACACUCAAUGCCAGUUACUAUUCCAGAAGGCACUUUACAGUCUCAAGGCACUGAGAAUGGAAAAAACGCAAGUGCUUCAGCAACCAGCCCUUCUUAUUCCAGUAUUAUUUUGCCAGUGGUUAUUGCUCUGAUUGUAAUAACACUUUCAGUAUUUGUUUUGGUGGGUUUGUACCGAGUGUGCUGGAAGUCAGACCCAGGCACAGCAGAAAAUGGAAAUGAUCAACCUCAGUCUGAUAAAGAGAGUGUGAAGCUUCUCACUGUUAAGACUAUUUCUCAUGAAUCUGCAUUAUUGAAGGAAGACACAGUCUCCUGCUCUACUUUGUCACGUAUACUUCCCAUUCUUAUGGUGAGCACUCUGCACAAGGAAAAACCAAGAACUGACAGCUUGAGGAAACCUCCCCACACCUAGGCAAUAAUUAUGCUUAAUCUUCAGCUUCUAUGCUCCAAGGGUGAAAAAGGAGAAAGUCCUGCAGAAUCAAUCUCGACUUCCAUACCUGCUGCUAGCCUGUACCAGUUGUCUAUCUCAGUAAAGUGAUGCCCAGCUCACUUGCAAUAAUUUGGUGGAAUCAAAAGGAGCCCUGGGCCUUUCCUGUCCUCUGACAUUUUAAAAAUUACAUUAUUCCAUUUAUAGGAGCAUUCCUAGGAAAAGGAAUUUUAGGAGAGUAAUUUGUGAGCAGUGAAUUGACAGCCCAGGAGGCAGGCUCACUAAGAGGCAUGCCUUCCCUUGAAGUUUAAAGUUUUCAGGGCCAAGAAUUUUUAUCCAUGAAGACUUUUGUUGGUUUUCUUCUAUUAACUACUGUUUGUAUUUAUUGUUUACCGCUAUGUUAAUGCAGGGAAAAUUUGCAUGUGUUUUAUUAAAUAUUAGGUAGAAAUCAUACCAUGCUAUUUUUUACAUAUAAGUAUUUUAUUUCUGUUUUUGCGUGUUAUUUUAAUAAAUAAUUACUGUAUUCAAUACACUAAAAAUACCACAACAUGACUGUGAAAAUGGCAAUGGUAUUGUCUUCCCAUAGUUAUAAAUAUUUUUGGAUGGAUUGUUAGAAUAUAUGAACUCGCUAAUGAAACACAUCUGUAAUAAAUGAUAAAGGGACAUAGGAUUCACAUAUCAGAGUCUGUUAGGGGGACAGUGAUUUACCAAUUCUUUGGUCUUUCUAUUUGUCAUUCAUACUAUGUGAUGAAGAUGUAAGUGUAAAGGCAUUUAUAACACUAUACUGCAUUCAUUAAGAUAAUAAGAUUAUGAUUUUUCAUUAACUCAUUUGAUUGAUAUUCUCUCCAUGCAUUUUUUAUUUCUUUUAGAAAUGUAAUUAUUUGUUCCAGCAAUCAUUGCUAAACCUCCAGUUUGUAGAAAAACAACACUUUAUAAAUACAUAAUUAUGAUAUUAUUUUUCAGUGUGUCACUUCUCUAAAAAUACCGUAUGAUUAUAGGUUCCACACCAUCAGUAGCAAAUUCUUCUGUUAAAAGCUAACAGAUCAAAGAUGACCACUUUUUGACACAUGAGAUCAAAGUGUCAAGUUGGUCGAGAUUUUUUGGAAAGCUUUGGAACUGAUGAGCUGCUAGUGGCAGCUCUUUAACCUAUGAUUAUCUAAGCUGAUUUUGAUGCUAAAUUAUCCUGAUGAUCUGAGGGCAAUUUGGUGGAGAUAGAAUCUUGUAUUUAAAAUAGCUUUUUAAAACUUGUUUUGUGUAAUGUACUUGACAACUUCCAUCUUUAGGAGUUAUAUAAUCAUCUCGAUUUUAGCUUCCUGAUGUUUGGACUAUUUAUAACCAAGGACACCAAGCAAACAUAAGCAUAUGUAUAUUUCUUACUGGUGUCUCUUUGAGAUGGAUGGGAAGUAGAAAAAAAAAGAAAGGAAAAGAGGAGAGAAAAAGGCAAGGAUCUUCUCUAUGUAGGUUUUGACUUUGAGCUGUUGUGCCCAUGCUUAAUUCUAACCUAGAAGUCUUUAAGUGGUGAGCCAGUGACUGGAGCAUGCCAAUCAAAGAACAUUUGUUUUCAGAAAAAAAAAAGAUCUAAGUUUGAGACCAGUGUGGCCAACAUGUUGAAACCCCAUCUCUACCAAAAGUACAAAAAUUAACCUGGUGUGGUAGCACACGCCUGUAGUCCCAGCUACUUGGGAUCCUGAGGGACGUGAACUGCUUGAACCCAGGAGGUAGAAGUUGCAGUGAGCUGAGAUGGCCCCACUGCCAUCCAGCCUGGGUGACAGAGCAAGACUCAAUCUCAAAAAAAAAAAAAAAAAAAAAAAGAAAGUCCCAGCACUCCUAGAUGAUUUACUGAGCUCUUCAGCAAAAGCCAUGUUACCAUACAGCAUAUUGCCAAGAAAUGAACUCCUAGGCAAUUUAAAUUACAAGUAACAUGUUAAUUUGGUUACUAGAGAAACCAUUUUCUCUACAUUUUAUGAGCAUUGUUAGGAAAGAGUUUACAAGAAUCAGGAAGAGGGAAAAAUGUUAAUGGUCAGAAAAGAAUAACAUUUAUUCAGUUCAAAAAGUGUACACAAAGAAUAUACAUGAAUCUAACAACUACAGAAUUAAACCUUUCAAAAAGGUCAAAGGAGGAUUGAAACGUUUACAGAGAUGUCCAUGGCAUUUUAUAUCAAUCUCAAAGGUAAGAGCUGCUUUUUUGUAAACUAACUUAAAUUUCUAUUGAGAUAGGAUAAUUUGUUUUCAAGCCAAAGUUAUCAUUAAUCAGAUGGUUCUUAAUUAUCUGAUUUAGAUAAUCUACUUUUUAUGCCUGGCUUAUUAUAAGCAUGUUAUACUGAUAUACAGUUCAAACAUCAUUGCAACAAAGAAGUGCCUGUAUUUAGAUCAAAGGCAAGACUUUCUAUGUGUUUGUUCUGCAUGACAAUGUGAAUAUAAUUUAAGUCUAUCAGUAGUCAAAACGUAAACAAAAGCUAACUAACUGGCACUGUUGUCACCUGAGACUAAGUGAAUGUUGUUGGCUGACACACACAGGCUCAGCCAGCAGAGAGAGAAUUCUGAAUUCCCCUUGUUGAGCUGAACUAUUCUAUUACAUAUGGUUGACAAAUCUGUGUUAUUUCUUGUCUACCUGCUAUAUUUAAAUUUAUGAGUAUCAACCGAGGACAUACUUAAACCUUCAACGAUGAAUCUGCCUGAUUUUUUUGCCUGAUUAUUCUCUGUUGAGUUCUACGUGUGGUUAUUCAAGAUUUCAUGAGAUUCUGAAAAGAAAACAGAAUAUGACCUUGAAAAGUUGUAUUUUGAGUGACUAUAUUCUCACUACUAUGAAACUGUCAAUUAUUGCCUAAUGUUAAGAUAUCCAUCAUUGUGAUUAAUUAAACCUAUAAUGUGUCUUCUUAAUGGAGAAUUUGUGAUGGAUUCUCCCUUGAUCUUUUCUUUAAACUCUCUCCACACACACAGGACUUUUCAUAUUUCACUAAAUGAGUAUUCUGCCCCUAUUUCUAG